AUGGCAUCUAGGGCUGGUUGCAAGACCAUUGCGGGAUGCCUCACAUUGCUCCAGACAUGGAUCUAUGAGUACUUUCCCGCUUUCCACCCUCAUCCUCGCCGAGAAGAUGUGCCAAACAUGACUAGGGCGGAGAUGUGGACACCGAAGAAACCAUGUCGUGAGGUGGACAGGUUGAGGGACUGCCGCAAGGUUCUUGACUCAUUGACGGAGACUCGGGUGGAAUGGACUCCCUACAAUUCUGCUGCUGGUGCGUUGCUGAAUGAUCACCCACGCACCACCGUCAUCGGGGGUAUCACGUGCUUUGAUGUUGUGGAGGUGUAUUUGUCGGAGCGGAAAUUGCGACAGAUUGGGUUCGUGCAGGCUAUUCCUCCCGCUCCUAUUAGACCAACCAAGGCUCACCGACCGGCACACGGUACCUACUCCGUGACCUUUCCUUCUUCUGCUGUAUAUUUGGAGGCAUGGAGUAGGUUCCCCUAUAGUGCCCACCUUGUUGAGCAGGGACUUCGUCGGGCUUCUGUUCCUUCAGAGGCUGAACCUAAUUACGUUGAAUGGUUCAGAGUGUGCUCGCACCCGUACAUAGCCCCAGACGAAGGGCCGACUUCCUGUCCUGGUCCUUCUCAGAGCAGAUCUGAAUACUUCCUGAAUGAAUGGACCAGUCGAUUCGCUCCAGUGGCAAGACUACCUGCUCAGCUGGCGGAUUUGAACCCUCGUCAACGACAUGCGUUAGAAAUAUACCUUAAUGAUUGUAGAGAUUUAUUUGAAGAAUGGCAAAUUUUUAAAGGGCAUGACCCUGCAUAGUCUGUACUGAAACUAUUUUACAUUAAUGAUUGCAUUUAUU